ACAGCGCGUCUUACUGGUGACUGAAUACCGUCGGGGAGCAACCACGUAUUGCAUGUCCCCAGGUUCACGCCAGGCCGACCCCCGACCACCGCACCCUCGAUGUGGGCUUUCUUUACAGACUCUACCUAAGUUGUAAAUUCUCCGACGAGUGCGACACAUACAAUACCGUCAUAGAACAAACUGCACAAUGUCGUCUCCUCCCCAAACGCCGGCCCAGCGCCCGGCGUCCUCUCACCGCCGGCAUCCCUCCAGCCUCGAUAUGACCCACAACACACCUUCGAGACGACAAUCACUCAAUCGUCGCUCCUCUGGAUACUCGCCAAUUACACCACGCUCAUCGCACGAGUUCGAACACGGUAGUCCGGCGCAACACUUCGAUGGUGGGGGAGAUGGCAACGGCCUGGGCAACUUGGCCGAUGAACUAGGCGAGAUAUGGGACGACGAUGAAGAAGAAGAAGAGGAGGGAAUGGACGGAGAGUUUGGAGAAGAGCUAGACAUGCCACAAGAUGAACUGGUAAAUAUUGGCACAGCAGUAGAACAUGACGGGUCCUCAUGGAUAGACCAUGACGUGAACGUCAAUGGCGUACGGGACAGUGGGGUAGCUAUGCAGUCUUCGUCGCCAGCAAGACUAAGCCCAGGGUCAGCUAUGAAGACCAGAAAACACAACCGUCAGCGCUCCUUGUAUGAUGGGUCAGACUAUGGAGGGGAUUCAGAUCUCGAAAACGAGGGCAUCUCGCCAGCGCUUGAAUCAAGAAUGGCGGCUAUUGAGAGCUUAGCACGGAGAGGCAUGGAAGAGAAUGGGAGUGCUUCAGAUCAGGUCGUCAAGAGGGUCACAGAGCAAUUGAGGGAUCUAGGUAGUCAGAUUGCCAUUGAGAAUGGGGCUACGAGGUUGAAAACCGCCCAUGAUGCCUUAACAACACAUCUAACUCACCAAACCCGCACCCUGACCUCCCUAGCAGCAUCCUUCUCCGGUCCCCGCGCCAUCAUUCCUGACCCAGAGACAGUCGAUACCCUACUCCCACUCAUACAGUCAACUCUAGAUCUACUGCCGCACCCCUCAACUGAACCACUCGUUUCCCUCUCCCACCUGACCCUCUCGACUCGCGAACUCCUCCAACACCUUGCCAAUGUUAGCGACACUCUGCACAUGUCACGGCAAACCACAGCGAAUGCUACGCGAAGACUGAAAGUCAGCAAAGAGCAGCUGCAGGACUGGAAACGUGAAGAUGAGAAAUCGAAAGAAGGGCACGACUUCAUCGAGCAUGGUGAUUGGGAUCGACGUUUAAGAGAACGCGAGGCGAAAAGAGCAUGUGCAAGUGUACUGGAUGGGUUUGAGGACGCUUGCGGGGUGUGGAGGAAGAGGCUUUGUGAGGGGUUGGGCGUUGCUAGUGCGUAGUGUUGUUCCUGCGCAUCUACUUUGCCUAUCCUUUCCUUGACGAAGCUUGUGUCUAGGUGCACAGCUGAUCUAGAAAAGGAGAAGACUUUCCCGACGAAAAGCAAGAGCCUUGG